UUUACGGAGCCCUCCAAGCUCCCGCCAUGUUGAUUGGCAGCCAUAAUGUGUUUAUACUGGAAGUAACGCUUUGAUUUGAAGAAAAAAAUACUUGCAAUAUAUAUUUUAUCCUUCUCGAUCACCUUUUGAGGAUAUGAGGAAAAAUGUACACACGCUUGUAUCGCGUGCCCUGCGCACGGGAGUGUAUUUCUGUUACUGUGGAUACACAUGAAAAAGUGUCGCAUUGAAGCAGUGGAGGUACAGGAGAAUGGCAGUGGCCAAGAGUGGCUAGUGCAGGCUGUGGUGUGAGCCUCUGAUGGCGCAGAGCAGCUUUAGUGCACAGCAGCAAGACUCGGGCGGAGGAAUAUCCUUCCUGGGGCAGAGAUCACCACCAGCUAAGCAACUUGGGCCAGGCAGUGUUUCUGACCUGCCGGAGCCAAAACACCGUCAUCGUACCAGCUCCAGCAGCUGCUCUAGCAACAGCAACCACGCAAGCAGCAACGAGAACUGCGAAGGUUCUUCCUCCUCCUCGUCUUCCUCGUCUAGUUGCUCCUCGUCGAGCUGCUCUUCAUCUUCUAGCUCCUCGGGGGAGGAGGAUGGCUGCGAGUUUGCUAUUGUGCAGCAAACUCAACAGCAAGACCCACUCAAGCUGCGCAUCGCGGCACGAAGGGUGUCGCGACAAAGUGCCACAAUGGACGAGGGAUCGGUGUCGUCUUCGGCUGUGCGGAUGCGCAUCAAGCAGCACAAGCGCAAGCGAAGGACGUCGCGUAGCAGGCGUAUGCCACGCUGCUCCUGCAUGGAGAACCGGAUGCGAAGAAUGCAACAGCAAGGUGGGGAGUCACCGCAGUGCAGCUACACUCCAUGCAAUGGUAGCAUUGCAUCACGCCAGGCAUCACGGUCCUGUAGCAGCAGUCGUUCCUCGAGCAGUUCCUCAUCCAGCUCUGGCAGCUCCGGUUCAAGUUCAUCAGGAAGUUCCAGCUCUGACUCCAGUUCUGGAAGUUCAAGCUCUUCGGGGAGUUCAUCGAGUACAUCAGACAGUGAGAGUUCGUGCAGUGUCUCCUCCAACUACUCCAGUUGCAGCAGGCGGCGACGUUCACCGCAACCACCAGUCAAGUCUCCCAUACGUCAGUUCACCCUGGAAGAAGCCGUUCAGCCAACUUCAGCCAUAGUAAACAAGGACGUGUCCAUCGAAGAGGAGGGUAAAAACUUUGCUUCUCGACAACUGCCCACCCCUGCGAUUCUUCCAACAUUACCAACUUACCUCGGUGCAGAUGCGAGUGCGAAUGUGUCGCCCGACAGCGGAAUUCAGUCGUGCGGCGAAUCUCCGCAACGGUUGGGGUGCUCGAGUGAAGGCAAUGUUGCUGAGGAAGUUGAAGACGUGAGGAUGCCGCACCAAGAUGAAAAGUGUGCAUCUCCUCUUAGGAUAACCUCGCCACUGUGGUCCGGAUGCUCGGAAGCAACGUUACAGUCAACGAGGCAAACACCGAAGCAAGAACACCAGAUACCUGAAAUAGUGCAAAAGGAAAAGGUUUCAUCCAAGUUCAACGGAAAUGAGUCCUUGAAACAAACCGAGAAGUCGGAAGAAGUGAAAGCAACGUCGCCACCACGACUUCGGAGUCGUACCCAAGGACGUGGUUGUACCGUUGGGAGGAGCACAUCGACACUGCCAGGCAAGGAAGCAGAAUUGGGAACUAGAAUAGGAGGUUCUUUGGAUGGGUCGCACUGUGGUGAUGAAAUGUGCGACGGCGCCUGGCCGAUGAAACGCAGUCCGAGAGUCAAGGAGAAGCUGGAGAGAACAAAGACACGCCGUAGCAAUGCUCUGGGAGAUAGUGAACUACAGAGGCUGGUGAGAGAGGUUCAGGACUCUAUAGGGUCUCAGUUUCAGGAAACUGGAAGCGAUUCAGAAACGAAGAUGAGAGAUGUAAGCAUUCAUGACAUGAUUGGACUGAAACAGGAAAAGCUGGAUGCUGUGGUUGUGGUGGAACAGAUGCUGGGGAAAAUGGAACCAGAUGUUCCAGUGGAUCGUGCCAACGAGACUGUCGUGGACUCUAAAACGGAAUCAAUUCCUCAAGUUAUUGAAGUGGAGAACGAAAAACCAGCUCCUCGGAAAAGAGGGCGCCCUCGUCUAGAUCCCUCAAAAAGAAAAUCCAAACAAAAACUCAACCACGAAAGGUUACCUGUACCCUGUGAAGAACAUCAUCCUUCACAGUUGAACAGCAGAAUCGGUAGUGAAAGAGCAGUACCUAGCUCUUUUCAUAAUUCGACGCACGACUUAUCGGAAAAGAACGGAAGAGAACCGGUUCAUUUGGAAGCUUCACUUCCGGGAAUCGAUAAGAAUGUUAUUAGUCAACGAAACACGGACAUUGAAAAGACUCGAGAUGACUCCUCUCGGGACUCCAGCGCUGCGAGGGACAAGGAGUUCACCACGCCAGAUGUGGAGAAGCUGCUUCUCGAGUGCAGCGUUGAAGAGCAACUUAACCUCCUGCACAUGUGUCAGCGGAAGCUGCGCAAGAAAAGGUUCGCUCAGCCGUCACCACGUCCCAAGCACUCUGACCACCGGAAGAGAAAUCGAGGGGCCAAAACACCUAAACCCACGUCAGCGACUCCGAGCAUGAUCCUGGAGGCUCUCGACUCUAUUAGUGACACCUUGGCUGCAACUUCUCUGUCAAAGCAGACGAUACCUGCAACUACGAGGUAUGCAGGUUGUGUGCCACCAAUGUUUCGUAUCGUCAAGUACCUGAAACCUAAGCGUGUAUCAGAGAGGCCAUCGCGGCUCUCUGCAAGUGCUAGUCUGAGCGCUGGAAGUGGAAAAAAGCAUGCAAGCUCCAUCAAGAUGGAAGCCCGGAAAGGCGAGAAAGAAGAGCCAAAGCAGAGUGCUCCUAAGAAGGGGAAGGGAAAGAAGAACACCCAUUCUGUCUGCUCCGCUGAGUCGUCACCAGAAACGGAAAGUUCUUCGAGAGAGAGGUGUUUGCCCCUGAAGAAGAGGCACUGUUUACUCAGUGAAGAACAUGGUGAAGGUAGCAGAGAGGACAGUUCACAUGACGAGGAUAGAGAAGUUGAAGAAACACUAAGCACAAAGCGUGAGGAAGACAUACAAACUCAUGUGUCACCUCUGGAGGUAAAAGAAAUACCUAUUCUGACGAAAGCAGCGAAGAAGAUAAUGCCACCUGUGGGCUGUCCUCCUUUGAAAAGAGAGAAAGGACGGAAGCGAGGACGGCUGCUCAAAGACAAAAAGGCAAAGCUUAGCACAAAGAAAUGCAUUCGGCCACACCCCGCACAACAGUCAUCUUCGAUCGAUGAAGCUAUUGAGUGCUGCAUUCAAAAGUUCACGGAAGCUCUGGAUACAGCAAAACUUCACGAAAGGUCACGGUCACGGUCUCCAUUCAAGCGCAUGGACGAAGAGAAACCUGCUGCAGACUUACACAGUGAGCCUCUGCCACUUCCAGAGAGGGUAGACAACGCGGACGAGAUCGGCAGCGAUGAUGACGACGACGACUUGCCUCUCGCGAGCCUUUUGCCUCAGCCGGCGAUUUGCGAUGACGGCGGGAACAACGAAACAUCGAUCAUCCGAGAAGACAGCGACUCGGACAACCCGCUGAAGAAGAUCUCGCUGCUGAAGCAGAAGCAGCAGAAACUGCUGAAGGCGGUAGAGAAGGCAAAGAGGUCGAAACAACUGGAGGAGAAAGGAGAAGUGGGAGAGGCAAAGCGUAAGUAUCGCAAGCGAAAGAUCAGGAACCGCACAGGGUUUGUGAAGGUCAAGAGGAAGAAGGUGAUCAAGAAACACGAUGCGGAGGUUGUAGACGUGGAGGAGAAAGUGACUGUGGAAGAAGAGACAUGCAAAGUGGGACCUAAUGUAGAAGAACUCAAGGCAGACACGGAAGGAGCUAAGGCAGAUGACAGUGGUGUAACCGAUGACACAGUUUCCCAAGUGGACGUUGAAAAAGUUGAAGCCAAGAAGGAAGCUGAUAAAGGAGAAAAUGUAGUGGAAGAAAAAAUGGCUGAUAUGGAUGCUGGUGACGAGACAAGAGCUGAAGGGCAGCCAGCUGAUGAUGUAAAGAAAGAAACAGCCUCCAAUGUAGUUACAGCUACUGCCAAGGAGAAAAGGAAAAAUAAAGUACAGAAGGCAAGAAGCAGCCUGCCUCUUUCAAGAAAGAAAAAGAAAGCAUACAAGGCUGCAGGCAAAUACAAGAAAGCACGAACCGACGCAGGAAAGGUGGUGGACACCAUCAGAGAAGCCAUCGAAGCUGUUGUGUGUAGCAGCAAGGAGAAAACUGCGCCAUCCUUGAACAAGAAGAAAAAUUGUGUCCCUGUGACAGAGUACAAAAUAUCGAGCAAAUCCAAAAGUGUAGAAAGGAGGAAGAAGAAGAAGAAAGGAGCAACUGAACUGGACAAGAACAAUCGAGAAUCUGACUCUUGCGGAGAGCCUCCUCGGAAAGCACGCAAGGCCGAGUCAGUCGACAAGGCGAAGAAAUCUGCCUCCCCCAGCACGCCUACCCCAGAAGAUACACCGGUGAUUUCAGUGACAAAACCAUCAUCGGGGUUCAGCGGCCAACGUGAGAAACGACGUCGCCGUAGGCGUCGUGAACACCAGCUUCCUAAGAAGAAAUACUUGAAGGCCGGACUCUACUCCGACUGUUUCAAGGAGGACGGGAAUGCUGCAAAGGAAGGCACGGAAACGAGCGCUGCUUCUUCGAGCUUGCCCGAGCAGCUGAGUUCUCUCAAUAUCAACACACUACUGCAGUGGGUGCAGAACAUGGAAUUGUCCCACCUAACUCCACCUGAAGCAUAUUCAGCAUCAACUAACACAAGCACCACAGCCCGUGAUGCCAGCAAGGAAAGCAGCCCGCAGCCGGGUGAGGAUAAAUCAUCCCGACUCAUGCCAUCUCCCAUCCAUGCGGGAAAGUUUUUGAGAGAAAAGCGUUUGGAUUUUGUCCUUCCAUACGACAUCUGGUGGUUACACAAACACAAGCAGCUUCUGUACAGCUAUGACCCAGUGAACAACUACAAGCGGAUAAAGACAAAUGUAUAUGUGGAUGUAAAACCAGUGUCCAAGUAUGAUGUUCAGAGCUGCAACUGUAAGCUACCAAAAGAAAAGACUGAGAGAGGCUGUGGAUCAGAUUGUCUGAAUAGGAUGAUGUAUGUGGAGUGCUCCCCUGCACUGUGUCCCUGUGGUGAACAGUGUGGCAACCAGAAAAUACAGAAGCACGACUGGAGUCCAGGAUUGGAACGUUUUAUGACGAAAGACAGGGGCUGGGGUAUUCGUACCAGGGAGCCUAUCAAAGCUGGCAAGUUCAUCCUGGAGUAUGUCGGAGAGAUUGUGAGCGAGCAGGAGUUCCGACAUCGUAUGGCUGAGCGGUACAGGCACGAUGAGCACCACUACUGCCUCAAUCUGGACUCCGGGAUGGUCAUUGAUGGGUACCGCAUGGCCGGUGAAGGAAGGUUCGUCAACCACGGCUGUGACCCCAACUGUGAGAUGCAGAAAUGGUCUGUGAAUGGGGUUUAUCGCAUUGGACUGUUUGCCCUAAAAGACAUUGGUAGCAACACAGAGAUCUGCUAUGACUACAACUUUCAUAACUUCAACAAUGAACGCCUGCAAGUCUGCAAGUGUGGCAGCGAGAAGUGUCGUGGCUUCAUCGGCGGGAAGACGCAAAGGCUGAAUGGACAGAACAAAGAUAAGGACAAAGAGAAAGAGAAGGAUGGAACAAAGGGAACUUCGAGUCGGUCUAUGCGAAAGCAGCGUCUCAAGCAUAAGAAAGAUGUGAAAGCAGGCGGCACCACAGUAGGAGAACCAGCAGGAAGCCGUCCGGGUCAACAGCAGCUUCAUCUGAAGCCUCUCUCUCACCAACAAAGAUGCUUUGUGCAAAAGCACAGGUGCUUCCUGCUCAGGAACUACGACCGUUCCAAACGCUGCAUGAGCCGAAUGCCACGAGACAAGCAAUCAACUAGCAGUGAAUCAUCAGCGCACCGUAAAUCGUCCCUGCAAUCUCAUCAACCCAUGCAACCCAGUCAGAGCCAGCCUGCAGGUGACGAUGCCGCAACGUGUCAGGAAGAGGCCUUUCGUACUCAACUCACGGCUCUGAGCACUGCACGCUCAGUUCGAACGAGGCGGCUGGCACGAGCCCAAGAAAAUGUGGCGUUAGCGCGUACUGCUCGCUUGGCACAGGUCUUCAGGGAAGUGUACAGUGCAGUCUUAACAUGCAAAGAUGAUGCGGGAAAGGCACUGGCAACACCACUUGUCAGUCUUCCAUCACGAAGAAAGUGUCCAGACUACUUUGAGAAGGUGACCAGCCCAAUCGACCUCAACACAAUCGAGAAGAACAUCCUCACCGGCGAGUACAGGGACCUAGAAACAUUUGUUGCUGAUUUCAACCUUCUGUUUGACAAUGCUGACCUCUACCAUGGGAGUAGCAACGCUGAGCUUUCUUCAGCGCUCUCCAAAUUAAGAAGGUGUUACGAAGAAGCAAAGUAUUUGGUUGUGCCAGUGCUAGAAGACAUCCUGGGAGAGCCUGUGCCGGCACACUUCACUUCUUAUUCUUCUGCCAAUGACAAGCCAAAUGCAGAGGAUGAAGAAGUAAUUCGCUGCAUCUGCAACAUCUUCAAGGACGAAGGGCUCAUGAUUCAAUGUGAAAAAUGCUUUGUAUGGCAACAUUGUGACUGCAUGGGUGUGGAUGGAAACAUCGAGAACUACCUGUGUGAACUGUGCAAGCCACGCGAAGUAAACAGGGAAAUACCAUUUGGGCCCCCUGCACAGGGGACAGGGUACCAGUCCUUCCUGACACUGCUUAAAAAUGGCUUGCAAGUAAAGCAAGGAGAUUGUGUAUACCUGAGAAAAGACAAAGAUGCCAGUCCACUGCGACCCCUGUCGCGAGACCUGCAGGAUGCGGGUGAGGAAGAUGUGGCCGAAGCAGAAGCUGGGGGAAAAUCUCUCCUACUUCGUAGCCUUCGUGGUGAGUCUGCCACGUCAUCUACUGACAGUACAAGUGGGACAUCGAAUGACAAGGACAGUGCACUGCAAGACCACCUUGACAUCUUCCGGGUGGAGCGACUGUGGAAAAACGAGAGAGGUGAAAAAUAUCUGUUUGGUCACCACUACCUUCGGCCACAUGAAACAUUUCAUGAACCAACGCGGAAAUUCUUUCACAAUGAGGUUUUUAGAGUUCCACUGUAUGAAAUUGUGUCCCUCGACUGCGUGGUGGGCACAUGCAGUGUCCUCGACUUGGCUACCUACUGCAAGGGACGUCCAAGAGGCAUGCAGGAGAAGGAUGUCUAUGUCUGCGAGUAUAGGGUGGACAAAAGUGCCCGUUUAUUCUACCGCAUCACGAAGCCCAAGUACCCGGUGUGCACAAAAAGCUACGCUUUUGAUGCCUUUGAUGUGAAGUUGACUCCGAAAAGAACCUACUCGCCUCACAGUGUCCCAGUUGUCUAUCAGAAGCGAGGUCGUUCCAGGGGUCAUGGCGCGCAGAACGACAUCACUGAUGUUGAUAAGGCAGCCAAAAAGGACCACCUGGACAAAGUGGUGCGUCGCCUCACAACAGCGGCAUCUGUGACGGCACACCCCGAAGAUGAGGACCCGUCGUCGUACCUUCCUGCUGCAACACUUUGAAGGAAGAGUUUCACAGUGCAUCAGGAUCACCAUUUCACCAGUGUGCAGAGACUCUACUCAUACAUAUAAAUAUAUACAUAUAUAUAAAUAUAUAUAUACAUACAAGGGCUUGGACCCAAGGAGCGACUGAUGAUUGUUUUUCACAAUCUCGAAAGCAGCACUUGUGUCAUCACCUGGGGAAUUCUUCCUGCUAUUUGGUUUCAGGUCUGGUCAUAAUUUCUAAAGCUCUGUAACUCUCCUGAGCACAGGCUUUUUAUUGAGAGGGGGGAUUUAAUGGCUAACUUCCUGCCAAUGUAGAGUUGUAUAAUCUCAAUGUCAUGACUGCCAGUAUGUUCCAGUUGCACAGCUGCGGUGAUGUUAUCGAUUUUAGUUGUUUUAAUGGUUCCAUGCUUUUCAUGUGAAGAUACCACACGAGUCCAUUCAUAACUUCAUUUUUUUUUUUAAUAAUGGUGUUGCACAUUUUGCAAAUUUUCAUACACAGCAUGAAAACGCACCUACCGCACAUUGCAGUGAACACCUGCUGCAUGCUCCACACUCUUGGGGACUUUAAGUGCUGCACAGAAAUUAGUUGUUUUAAUCCGAUGUUGUAUUUUUUAGCUUUGUCCACAAACAUUCAUUUUCAGAGGAAAAAAAUUGCACUGAAUUUUGGCUUUGGUUAUGUCUGCACCCAUGAGAUGUUGAUUGAUGUUCCGUUUAACUCUGUGCGCAAAGCAAAACAAACAGCAUGUGCAUGAAUUUUUACGAAUUUUUAUCUGUGCCAUUAUGGUUUGUUUCCUGUACAAGUCAUUUCAGUGUGGAGGUGGUUCUUCACAGUAUUCACUUGCUGCUGCUGCUGCUGUGAUGGAUGUGGUUAUUUAUUUAUUAGACUUUGUGUUACAAUCAUUGUGUUCUGCAGUAUUUCGUCUUUCACAUCUGUUUUCACUGCAUUUAGUGUCUUGUCAUAGACAAGGCCCAGUUCUCACGUUCUUCUUAGUCAAGUGCUGUCCGAAAGGUAGUUCUGAACUGCCAGUUUUGCAUGGUUUCAUUCUUAGUCCUGACAUGGUCUACUGUUAUCGACGUUACAUUUUCACCAAUAUCUUCACAUUCAUUGAUUCAGCACAUUCUGUUUUUAUAUGUUCUUUCGUGUGUUGCAGAUCAGUGUACAUAAUACUCAGUAAUUUCCUCUUCACUGAAUGUUCUUAGUUUGGUAGAAGCCCUGUAAAUAAGCUGUAGCUACUUUAACUGGUGUUGAUCUGAGUCCAUGAGUAUUAAAUGUUAUUUUUGAACAAAAUG